AAUUAUACAAUAAAAGAUGGACGUUCAAAGUCCUUUUUGGAUUCUUUUCCUAAGCUUGUCUUUUGUGCGAGCCACCUUGAUAUUUAACACAAAUUCCGAGUUUGGUAUUUUCAUGGCCAUUGCAAUGCCGCUUUCCUUAAAGAAUCGCAAUGUCUUCCUUUCCUUCAGUUAUGAGUUCAACUAUUAUCAGCCCGAGCAUAUAUACAAAUAUCCUCCGAUUUUGAUGGGAGAAGACUUCGAGGACAGUUAUCUUACCUACAGUACCACUGGAGGUGAAGGAGCUUCAAGCAGCAGUAGAUCCUUUUCUUCAGAUGAUUCUAAAAACACCGAAAAGCUGCGGCCCCAACGGGCUUUACCUGCCAUGAGCAGAACAAACUUUUAUAUCAUGCUGAAGGAUAAAUUAAAAAGAACUGGUUAUCCGGAUGAGCCUUGCCUCCUACGUCUAAUUUGCGAAACAAAUGCCUCGACGCUUGGCGAAGUUAAUGGACUCUUAGGAAACAUAGUGCAUAUCAUCUUCACGCCGAGCAGCUCGAGUGACGAGAACCUGGCCAAAGAAUACUACCAAGCCGAGUGGGAUGGCCGGCAGUAUGGCGAUUGCUCACGGUAUGCCAGCCAAUGUAAAGAGAAUGUUUUGGAUCUGAUCUCAAGGCCGUUGGACGAUAUUCUACGGGAAGUACUGGACCAACGAAAUGGAAGACAAUAAACUGGAUGGUCGGUCAGGCGCUUA